GGAAAUAUGGCUGCAUUGGAUAGGGAAGAGUUUGCCUCGCUUCAGUUUUUGCUGAAAGCUCCUUCAAAGAAUGUUGUUCGGCAGUUAUGCCAAGAGUGCUUUUCUAGUUCAGGAAAUGACCCCGAAAAGCUCACUGAGACUACCUGCUCCAAUCUCUCAGUAACUCCCAGUGAAGCAAGUCAGUUAAUCCAUUCUUUGCACAACCUUACAAGGCACAUUGUUUACCAUGGCCUAACGUCGCAAGAAGAAAUUCUCUCUCUCUUUCCAGAGGGAUUUCACCAGAAUCUUAAAAAUCUUGUGACCAAGAUCAUCCUGGAAAAUGUCUCCGCCUGGAGAAAUGAAGCACAAGCCAGUCAAAUUUCCCUCCCCAGGCUAGUAGAUAUGGAUUGGAGAGUGGACAUCAAGACAUCUUCAGACAAUAUCAGCAAAAUGGCUAUUCCUACCUGUCUGCUGCAACUGAAGAUUCAAGAAAAUGCUGCCUUGUGUGGGGAUGACUUUGCAACCUCUGCAUUAACAGUAGAGCUGAACAAACAAACAUUGGACACUAUGCUGGAUGGUCUGGGAAGGAUUCGGGAUCAGCUUUCUGCUAUUGCAAAUAAAUAAUAUUCUAAGUAAAAAAAACUGCACCAGCCAUUUGUAUGCAUAAAAGAACUUUCUUUCUAACUUGGGUAUGAUAUUUCAUAAGGUGCCAUGUAGCUGUUCUGUUUUAUUUCACCCUUCAAGGACUAAACACAGUUUUAAUAAUCUAGACAUUCUCAAAGAAGAUUGUAUUCUGGGUGUGCUGCCUAAGAUAAGCUUCUAAUGUCAGUCAAGGCCUCAGUUUGCAUCUGUUGCUAAAGAAAUUCAUAGCUGUGGUUAAUGGGAAAGUUUGAACAAGAAGAAGGAACAGCCAGUGAAGCAGAUUAUUUCCCUGGACUAAAAUUGUAUUACUAAAAACACAACUGCAGUUCAUAGGCCAGCUUCCAGUUGUCACACACUUUUGAAAAGGAUCUGCUGAGGAGCCUGUCAGAAGAGAUAUUUCCUCUUCAUGAUGCAUCACUUUUGACAUAGGACAACUGUGGUACAGUGUCUUCUGUCAUUGCAUAAAGUCAUUUUGCAGUGAGCAGAUUCCUGUAUUUUGUGCCAAGUAGCUCCAAACUUUGUAAUGGCAAAGAAUAAGCUUUGUCACUUCAUGCUGGCUUUAACAGGAAAUGAGAGUCUUUGCAAGUGAUUUGAAUGUACCAAAUAAGGUUCCUAAUGGCAAUUCCAGCUUCCUAUAGCAACAGUGUCAUUGCAGCAUGUGUGAAAUAUUAAGAUUUCAUUAAAAUACACACACCCUAGCAGCUGCACUUUAUCCAUUUUCAUUUAUUUUAAACAAGUUAUUUUUUCCCUCCAAGGUGCCAUGAAAAUAGAACUAUUUUGCAUGUUUUGUUUUACUAAGCAUUACAGUUAGUGCUGAAUUCCCUCAGUAUUUUCAAUUAUCCAAUUUCAUGCUGUGAUAUUUUCCUUUAUGUUUGUUUAUUCUUUUUCUCAUAUUUUCCCUUGCGUGCAUGUACAUUUGUUUUUCUUUUCUCUUCUUCCUAAGUUCACUGAACACUCACAUAAUGAUACCAGGAAUAUUCUUACCUAAACUAGUUUCUAUUCUGGUAUCUUCCAGAUGUGAUCCUACUUACAUGAACUUUCCCCAACUUAGUGCCUUAGGAAAACUUCUGGAGGCAUAUCUGGAGGCACUUGGAUCGUACAAGGAUUGAAGCUGGCAAGGCAGGAACCAGCACAGUUCAGACAGAACUAUUAGAGCAGGUGGAUUCCAAGAGUGGGAAUAGAGUAGCCAAAAGUCUGUUGAUUCAAAAGAUGGAAAGAAGAGGCUUAAGAUUAAAACCUGAAUCUGACAUAAAAAUGGUUUAAUUUCUGUUUUUCAGUAGGCAGAUCUUCUGCAUAUAUAUGACUUCUUUCUUAUCAGUAAUAAAAUAACUUAUC